UCUGGAGGCGCGCGCAUGCACGAAUGGGCGCGCGCGCGUAUGACAACAUUCGAUAUGAAAACAGAGAGGGGGCGGGGGCCUGGAUGGAUGUUAUGACAAAUAAGACGCACGCACUCUUGUGUCAUCUUAUUUUUCGAUGAUUUAACACCAUUUAGAUUAAAGAGUUGAUGCACCCUCUGCCCUCUUUUUGUUUUUUAAUCCUCCUCAUUGACAUAUCAAUGUGCGGAUCGCGCGUUACGCAACAGUAAAGAGGAGCUCCACUCGGGAAAGCUGCUACGCGAGGCAAGAGCGAAAUUUAAGCAGGUUUUUUUUUGGGUUUUUUUUUUUUGUCUCCUGUAAUCCCGAUGUUAUAAUUUCUGGGUGGGAUUACCGCGCUAUUCACGACAGAGGGACCGAACUGGAUGCACAUCAUGGAAGUGGAAGAAACAUUGGAGGGAUGUUUUGGCAAUUCACUCUUGGACCUGACAUUUUAGUACAAAUCUAACUGAAAAUGACGGUAAUUCCCUCAUUGAUGAAACAUCAUGUUCCUGUUUUGUUUGCUACUUUGUUCCCAUAUGAUGCAAGGUUCUAAUUAAAUACUGUGCACGAUUACCCCAUACCAAAGCAUCUUUUGUCAUUUUGUUCGAUUGCUUGUUGGUGAAGAGACUCAGUUGCAUGCGGCACUUGCUUAUUCUCAUUCGAAAGGAUUAUCCUGCAAAGUAAUCAGCGGAUGAAGCAACGUGACCAAAUCCACGUUUCAUAUCUCUUCACUGCAUGUCAGAAAGAGAGCUGUCGUUUGGUUAUAUUCUUUUGGUUUUAUCCGUACAGCGCCUAAGUGGACUUCACUGUGUAUGAGCAACCAAUGGAGGACGAGAAGGCGGCGAGGGAAAUUCAAACGGAACCUGUCUCAAAUUUACCCCCGGGCUCAGCUUUCUUGCCAUCCUCUCCGAGGAAUGGCGAGAAAUCGGAUGACGGGGAGCCGCCGGAUGUCCCUUUCAGGCUGCAGCCCACUGGGAAAAGUCUAGCCCUUGCUACUUCCUGCCAGUCGGGCGCACUGAGCAGCAGUGACGAAGAUGAGAAGAAGGAGGAGGUAGAAGUGCAAGUCAGGUUGGAGAUCCACAGCCCGCCGACGGAUCCACCUGUGCAGCUCCAGGAAGACGAACAGGAGAAACCCAAAACACCCCCCUCUGAAUUUCUACCCGAUAACUCCAAUCGUAGGACGAGCAACCCCAUCACACCACCUCCACUACCUGUGCUCUCCUGCUCCAUCUCACCCCCCAGCCCACAAACACCACCCCCAUCCACAAUCAGACACUGGGCACCCCCAAAGGGAUUCUGGAGGGUGGCCCGGCCGGAGACCUUACUUCUAAAUGGCAUGGACCCCCAAAACCUUGCCUCGGCUUUACCCUACAAGGACUACACACAAGGAGAGGACAAGACAGCAGGCCAGGGAGACAUUGUGGGAAAUUCAGUGGAUGACGCCGAGGCAUCGCAAGUGGACAAGCAUGAUGGGGUGUGUGUGUCUUUACCAGGCGGGGGCCUCUCCGCUGAUGAGAAAGAGAAGCAAAAAGCUCAUGAGAAAUUGAAAGAAAGACAACAAAAGUGCAGAGAACAAUACAGAGAUGGACAUGCAACAGACAGCGUGGAUUACGAAGAUGAGGGAGCAUGUGGUGGUUUAGAAGACUCAAUCAUUCUUCAAGAACUGGAGCCCUAUUUGAGAUCACUCCUGGUUAUCAGCGAUGACCUCCCUCUGAGUCCAAGACACGAGCAAGCCAAGCGUCUCCUCGAGCGAGCCCGCCUCAAGGCUCGCGCCAACCACGUUAAGGGUGACCGCCCCAGCAGACGCUCCCAUUCUGAUCACAGAUCCACCACGAAGAAGCAGCAAGUUGAAGGUCUCAAUCCAGCAUUGGUGCAAAAAGCCAUUCAAGCCAAAGAGGAUCUCACUGCUCAAAGUGCAUCUGGUCCCUUCCUCGUCCCCAAUCAAGGAGACACCCCGCCCGGAGAUCAUGUCGUUCGAUUGAGGCGGUAUGGCUGCUCACCCACUCGGGUACGCUUCGAAGACGAAUCAGAGAGAGAAGCAGAGUCUCGAUACUUGGACAGGGUGCGUCAACGCGGUCGACCUACAGCGCCCAAGUCUAAAAACAGGGACAGCAAUACGGAUUCCAGCAGUAGUGGUUCAGAGAGGAGUCGGAGUCACAGGAGUGUCUCGAUGCCUGGCCCACAGAAGCAGGAGAUGGGUGUCAAUGCUGAAACCAUGACGGUGAUCAGAGAGAUCAUAGUCCUGGUGAAGAAAUGCGAGGCGUGUGGUUCUGUUGUGAAGGAACCUCAGCCGGGCACCUCACUAACAGACCCGCAGGUCAUUGAGUUACAGCAGGGUGGUAACCCUGAGGACACGAGGGGCAGAACAGUUCCUUAUUGGGUUCCUCCAAACAAGCCGGACGUCAGCGCCCGUCCUAAAGCACCUCUGACGGUCACAUUUGCGGGUGCCUUUGUUCUGGGCGAGAACAAAGAAAAAAGCACAGGCUGGAAAUCAUCAGGUUUUGGGAAGCUCAGAAGAAGGAGCAGGAAAGGAGAAAGUCGAUUGGAGUCUGGCAAUGGUCCCUAUGGUCCAUCCUGGGCUCAGAGGCGUAACUCCAAUCCUAGGAACAGAGUCAACUUGAGUAGAGCUGUUUCCUUCGCGCCAGACAGCCCCGUGACUCUGGAGCCACGUUUGAUGGGUGCCUCCGGCGGAGUGAGGGAAGCACCCACCCUGCCGAUCAAAUCCGCUCUCAAGUCAAGCUCAAGGAACCGCUCUGCCGCAGGUCAGUCAACCGUGCAGUUCCAGAUGACAUCAAAUCAGGGAGGUGAAGUCGGGCCUCAGCAUUUGGCCCUCUUGGACUGUCCAGAGGCAAGACGGGAGUCGCCUGCGUCUUCGGCGCAAGGAUCCCUUGCGAUCAGCAACCCAGCGGCAUGUAUCAGGCCCUCCACGCUGAGGUACUCCCCCGCUCGUCUCAACCCAGACAUGCCUGCUGCUGAUGUGUGGGAUGCCACGUUGGAAGGAGCGGUGACUACCGAUACGGGUGCUGGGUCAGAGUUCCAUCCCGCUACGCGCAGCCUGGCCUUGUCUCGGGCUGAGGAUCUCAGAGCUGAGCUGUUGAGAGCAGAACAUUUGAAAGCUGAGGCCGUAUGGGAGGAUAGCUCCAGGAAGCUUGAUGGGCGACCAAAGCUUUUCUUACGUCGCUUCUUUUCCUCCAUCGGCCUGAACGGCGUCGGCAGACUGGUGAAGGGAGGCCGUUCCAGUAGCAUGGAACAGCUCAGCAUUCCCACCAGCAGGUCCAACACCACUUCCCCGAGCCCCACACGCAGACCGCAUCCCACCAUCCGCAUACAGAGGACACCGUCGUUGCAGACCCUGCACACGGCGCUUCCACUGGCCCAACUACGUAAAGCUUCCUCUGUGCAGAGUUUAGAGAGGAGAACAGAGCGUACAACCAUCCUGGGUGAGGUGCAGAUACCUUAUGGCCUAGCGCCAAGUCCUGACAGCCCCCAACUGGACCUCCACCGGACCCUGAGUGUUGAAGACAUAAUCCCCUCCAGGGUGGUGCGGCCGGCGGGGAGGGUUUCUCAGGCUUUUCCUGAUGGUUCUCUUCUCCUGGAGCUCAUCAGACCCCCAAAUGGGCCCUUUGGUUUCGUUAUCUCAAGGGGCAAAGGCAGACCUGACACAGGGGUUUAUGUAGAGAAAGUGGGCGACGGAACUGGUGACGUGCCCUACGUGGGUCUCCUGGGAGUGGGUGAUGAGAUUGUUCAGGUGAAUGGGGAAAUGGUGGCAGGACUCAGUCUGGACCAGGUGACCCGGCUCAUGACGCGGGAAAGCAUCGCCUCUCUAAGGAUCAUGCCGGCCCGACGUAGCCCGCGCUGA